GGGAGGCGACAGCCUGCGCUCUCAGCUCCGCUCUGCCUCCAUCAGAGCUGUUGGCUGUUUGUUGUGAUCGGAGGAAGGCAUCAAACAGUCCCAGAAAAUAACGCCCGACAACAACAAAGCAUGGAAGAAGAGAGCAGGAGGAAGAUGAAGGAGAAAUUUGGCCUGAGGCGGGACAUCGUGAAGGAGUUCCUGGCGGAGUUUCUGGGGAUCUUUGUCCUGAUCCUCUUUGGAUGCGGUUCAGUGGCCCAGACGGUGCUGAGUAAAGGGGCUCUGGGAGAGCCGCUCACCAUCCACGUCGGUUUCACCCUGGGAGUCAUGAUGGCCGUCUACAUGGCGGGGGGAGUGUCAGGAGGCCAUGUGAACCCGGCCGUGUCUUUGGCCAUGGUGAUUCUGGGGAAGCUGCCUCUGAAGAAGUUUCCCGUCUACGUGGCGGCGCAGUUCCUCGGAGCAUUCGCCGGUUCCUGUGCCGUCUUUGGCUUGUACUACGAUGCUUUGAUGGACUACACCAGUGGAGAUCUUGCAGUUACUGGUGAAAAUGCAACGGCCAACAUAUUUGCAUCCUAUCCUGCAAAACAUCUGUCGGUGCUAAACGGGUUUGUUGACCAGGUUAUUGCCACCGGAGCCCUGGUCCUGUGCAUCCUGGCCAUCACUGACAGGAAGAACAUCGGCGCCCCAAAGGGCAUGGAGCCGCUCUGCAUCGGCCUGACCAUCAUGGCCAUCGGCGUCUCCAUGGGUCUGAACUGCGGCUAUCCCAUAAACCCGGCUCGAGAUCUGGGCCCCCGGCUCUUCACUGCUGUGGCCGGCUGGGGCAUGGAGGUGUUCAGAGCUGGAGGCUGCUGGUGGUGGAUCCCUGUGGCCGGACCCAUGGUGGGCGGAGCGGUCGGAGCCGGGAUUUACUUUCUCUUCAUCGACUUGCACCAACCUGAGCCGCAGAAACAGGACAACAACGUUCAGGACAAAUACGAAAUCAUUACCAUGACUUAACGGGAGUCAAAAUAAACAAACUGAGCGUUAAUUUCUUAAUAAAAGCAGGAAAUAAAUAUCCAAAAUAUUUUUCACUAGUUGGACUCGUGAUGCACAUUCCAGCUUUUUUUUAAGUAAUUGACUAAAAUAUAUUUUCCUGCUUUUUAUAUUCGGGUAAACAAUAGCCAUGCAAUAUAAACACAAAAUUUAGGGG